CAAAAUUGAAAAAUUGAAAAAUUCAAAAGAAGAAGAAAAAAAAAAUCUAAUUGACCAUUAAUUAUAUGGACUACUCAUAGUUAAGACACAUUACAGAUACUAUACAAUAACUAAAGCAUAAUGGCUAAGGUAAAAUCUACACAUACUAUGGUAAAGCUUGUCUCUGCUGCCAAAACCGGAUAUGAAAAAUGGUUUUCUAUUAAUAGAAAUUCUCCUAAAUUAAACUUAAUACUAUAUGAUCCAAGAGCUAAAAGACAUUGUCUCUUUACUGAAGAUAGAAAGAGAAGAAUUGCUGAAAGACCAAAACUUGUGUUUGAUAGAAGUCAUAGAUAGACAGGGACGAUGGUUGAAUCCCUACAGCUUGUACAUAAUUUACAUUUCAUAAUUAUAUACCAUUAUUUAUAU